AUGGUGUCGAUUACAGAACAAACUGCUAUUUUAGCCAAAUAUUUGGAUCUUUCUCAAAACGGUAAGGUGUUAGCCGAAUACGUGUGGAUUGAUGCUGAUGGUAACUCUAGAUCUAAGUGUAAAACAUUAGACAAGAAGCCAAGCUCAGUUGAAGAUUUACCAGAAUGGAACUUUGACGGUUCUUCUACCGGUCAAGCUCCUGGUCAUGAUUCCGAUGUGUAUUUAAGACCAGUCGCAUUCUACGCAGAUCCUUUCAGAAAGGGUGACAACAUCAUUGUUUUAACCGAAUGUUGGAACAACGACGGUACUCCAAACAAGUUCAACCACAGACACGAAUCUGCUAAGUUAAUGAAGGCCCAUGCUGAUGAAGAAGUCUGGUUCGGUUUAGAGCAAGAAUACACCUUAUUCGACCAAUUUGACCAACCAUACGCAUGGCCAAAGGGUGGUUUCCCAGCUCCACAAGGUCCUUACUACUGUGGUGUCGGAACCGGUAAGGUUUACGCCAGAGACUUAAUUGAAGCUCACUACAGAGCUUGUCUUCACGCCGGUGUCGAUAUUUCUGGUAUCAACGCUGAAGUCAUGCCAUCACAAUGGGAAUUCCAAGUCGGUCCUUGUGAAGGUAUCCAAAUGGGUGACGAGUUAUGGAUUGCUCGUUACUUGUUACAAAGAGUCGCCGAAGAAUUCGGUGUUAAGGUUUCUUUCCAUCCAAAGCCUUUGAAAGGUGAAUGGAACGGUGCUGGUUGUCACACUAAUGUUUCUACCAAGUCUAUGAGAUUACCAGGUGGUAUGAAGAGUAUAGAAGUUGCUUUAUCUAAAUUAGCAAAGAGACAUAAGGAACAUAUGUUGUUAUACGGUGCUGAUAAUGAUCAAAGAUUAACAGGUCGUCAUGAGACUGCUUCUAUCGAAGGUUUCUCAUCUGGUGUUGCUAACAGAGGUGCUUCUGUUAGAAUCCCAAGAUCUGUUGCCAAGGAAGGCUAUGGUUAUUUCGAAGAUAGAAGACCUGCUUCCAAUAUAGAUCCUUACUUGGUUACUGGUAUUAUGGUUGAAACCAUUUGUGGUUCCAUUCCAGAUGCUGAUAUGUUCAAAGAAUAUGCUAGAGAAUCUUCUGAUUAA